GUCCUGCUGGUUCUCACAGGCAGGGGCCAUGCUGGGAAGGACAGGGACGUUUACUGGACGGUGCAGGUUUGAGCUCAAGCAGUGCCGCUCGCUCUCCUCCCCAGUCCUCCCAAGACUUCAUUUCCCAGCAGGCAGUGGGAGCAGGAGGGGAGGGACGGGACAGGAGGCGGGACAGAUGAGCUUGGCUCAGAUCAACUCCAUCCUGAAGGCCAACGAACACAGCCACACCCCCCCCAGGGUCCCGGCCUCCCACGGUGUGCUGGGUUUCCAUAGCAACAUGCUGCCAUCCAACCAGCCCAGCGAGGACCGUCGCAGCAGCGCCACCUACCUGCCGGGGAGGGGGGGCAUGCUGUUCGGAGUGUUCGACGGCCACGCGGGGGGGGGCUGUGCCCACAGCGUCAGCCAGCGGCUCUUCUACUACAUCGCUGUGGCCACGCUGCCACUGGGGGCGCUGGCGGAGCUGGACCAGUGUGUGGAGGAGCACCGGGCCCUGGCACCGCUGCUGGAGUGGCACCAGCCCCCCCAGGACCACAGCUCCCACCAGGGGGGGGCCGCCUGCUCCCACAGCCUGAGACUCUACUGGCAGGACCGGCUCCGGGACCAGGACAACAGUGACGGCACGCUGACCUCAGCGCUGGAGAAUGCUUUCCGUCGUCUGGACUGGGACUUGUCUCUGGAGGCCCAGGUCCACCUGCGGCUCCCUGUCCCUGGGGACAUGUCUCAGUCCUCCCCUCUCCGGGUGGCGCUCUCGGGCUGCACCGCCUGCGUCGCCCACAUCUCUAAUGGCAUCCUGCAUGUAGCCAACCUGGGAGACAGUCGGGCGGUCCUGGGGGUCCAGGGGCCGGACGGGCAGUGGUCGGCUCUCAGCCUCACCAACGACCACAACGCACAGAACCCUGAUGAGCUGCAGAGGGUCUUAGGGGAACACCCCCCGUCGGAGAGGAGGACGGUGGUCCGCCACGAGCGCCUCCUGGGUCUGCUGCUGCCGUUCAGGGCGUUCGGAGAUGUCCGCUUCAAAUGGAGCCGAGAGAUGCUGAGUCGAGUCCACGAGGUCAGUGAGGGGGUCCGGACUCCCUCGCCUCAUUACCUGACUCCACCCUAUCUGAGCGCCCAGCCGGAGGUCAUCCGCCACCACAUCACACCCUCUGACAAGUUCCUGGUCCUAGCAACGGAUGGAUUAUGGGAGUUGAUGCACAGACAGACCGUGGUCCAGCUGGUGGGGGAACUACUGACAGGCCUUCAGCAGCAGAGACCCCUAGUGCCGAGCAGAGGCAUGACACUGGGUGCACUGCAGCGCCUCCUGCUGGAGAGAAGGGGACAAGUCAUGUCUGUGCUGGAGGACCAGAAUGCCGCCACACACCUGCUCCGCCACGCCCUCGGGGACGACGGGUACGGAGCGGUGGCACCGAACCGCUUGGCCAAGAUGCUGAGUCUGCCGCCAGAGCUGGCCCGAAGGUACCGGGAUGACAUCACCAUCACCGUCAUCCUCCUGAACGAGUCCGACCUCUGACCCAGCACCUGGUGACCUGCAGGAGCUCCACAGAAGGCGUCUGAUUGGUCCAGAUUCAUCGAGCCACAUGGAGGAGGAGUCAGCUGCGGGUCGGAUCACCUGACACCUCACUGGACCGUGAUGAUGAUGUAAUGAUGACAUCA